AUGUGUCAACAUAAUUCAAGUCAACACCUUGACACGCAGGGCAAGGGUCAAUCGGCAUGUCUCGUGUCACAGAAACCUUUAAGUAAAGUCGCUCUUGAGGUUUCUGGCUACAGCGCUCGUGUUUCAAGGACCGCUUGGAGAAUCUUGGAAAAUCUUACAUCUCCGAAAGACAGGAGGACGAUGGCCGCCAUGUUUUCUUUCUGGAGCAGCCAGAUAAAGGAUCACGGUAUGAGGAACAUAAUGUUACUGAGCCUCAUCUACGUGAUCAUCUUUGUAUAUAUCUGGUUCAGUGUCGACUAUCAAAAUGGCUCUUUGCCCCAUCGCAUUGCAGGCAAAGCCCCGCACCUGGGCAAUACUACGCUAGGUGGCCCACUCGUUGGCGAGGCAAAUACGCCGGACCUCGCGCUGGACCCGGAGCGCUGGAAGCAGAAACCGCUGCCUCAUUACGAAGUUGAACUCAAAAACAGAAAGGUAGUCAAGCCUGAGGAAUACUAUGACCUCGAAACUGAUAAAAUUGCAUCUAAUGGCUGGCUGAGGCGAGAGCUCGAUGAGGGCAUCCUGGCCAAGUUCGAGUGGAGCCAAGUCGUCGAUUUGUCGGCUAUAAAAAAAUACGAAACCGGAGACCUGGACGAGAAGGAGUAUCCCCAUAUUAUCGUAAACGACGUGGACAACAUCGAUAUGCCCCGCAACAAACCCCUCUCUGUGGGCGAGGCAUCGAUGAUAGGACGCCUUUACCUCAAGCAUCGCAUGUCAGCCCCUUAUGUGGUUUUGGCCCUGCCAGAUCCCCGCGUCUCGUUUUCUAAAGAAGUCCCCCCUUCGGGACAGCGCACCAUCAUCAGACACAAAAACUCAAAUAGAGACCAUCGGCAGCAUGGGAGCAAUGAGUACCGUGAAUUGGAACGUUUGGGGCCUCUUCUGCUUGAGCUUGAUGGCACUUCUUACGAUAGCCGUGGCUCUAUCGAGCUGCCCGAACGACUAUUCGAGUAUGACCCCAAGGCCGUAGCCGCUGACUUGCUCAAGAGUGACGACCCGUUGGCUAAACUGCAUGCCCUGUCAAUAGGUGACGCAAUCGCAAAGGUUGAAGAUUCACCCAAGUACUUUAACGAAAUCCAGCUUGACCAUGACUCGGCUCUUAUCGGCGCCCACUACGACUGGCGCUUUUUCAGAGGUGUCUUAACAAAUGAGGAGCAAAGCUACGUCAAGGAGAGGCUAAUGAGAGCUUGGUCUCAGUUUGCCGACGCGGAAGGAGUGGCUUACUGGCUGGCCCAUGGGUCAAUGAUCGGCUGGUACUGGAAUGGCAUGACCAUGCCCUGGGACACCGACAACGACAUCCAGAUGCCCAUUUGGGAACUGGACCGACUCGCCAGAGAGUUCAACGGCACAUUGGUGCUACAGCAUCCCUUUGAUGAUGACGGGAAGUUCCUUAUCGACGUCACGCCGUGGUACAUUGAGAGAACAAAAGGUAACGGGCGCAAUGUUAUCGAUGCUCGUUUUAUCGAUAUUGAAAACGGUGCAUACAUUGACAUCACCGGUCUAGCAAAAAUCAGAGGCGGUGACAAGCCCAUUGCUUGCAAGGCAGACCACUUGUACGCACACAGCACGUUGUCUCCGAUGAGACGUACACUUUACGAAGGCGCCCCUUCGUACGUGAACCAUAACUGGAACGGGCUCCACGACGAGUACAGUAGCUUCGACGCUGUAAGAUUCAGGGACUGGAGGUUCGAUUCUGAGCUCGGCUUGUGGAAACAGAAAAAAACCUGUCAUCAGGUUAUGGCGGGGUACGACUCAGACACUUACUUGUCAUGUAUUGUCUCACCACAACUAGAGGACUGUGAUCCCGAAACUGCUUCUUUUAAGACCUGCGAUAAGCGACUAUUGCUACUGCAUGAGCACAAGCUACAGAACAUCACAUCUAGCGCUCCCGAUACGGGCUCUAACACCGAGGAGACCUUGAAGCUCUACGAUGAGUUCCACCCCGCGGUUGGCUAUUUAUAA